AGUCUUAAAAGAAACGUCUUCGAGCAAACAUCUACAUCAAAUCAUAUAUAAUUUUAUUGACGUGAAUCGAUAUUAGAAGUUCAUUGAAGAAAUGGGAUGCAAAGUGGAUAGAUUAACGUCAUGCUGCGGAUGUGGCAGUCUCAAAGCUGGUACAAUAAUCGCGGGCAUGUUGGGCAUCUUAUUAAGUAUUGCCACAAUUGUCAUCAUUCUAACAACAAAGAUUGAUUUUAAGACAGUUAUUUUUGAUGACUGGAUCUCGAAGUCGGCCAUAAAAAUCAUCUUGAUAGUAAAUCUCUGCAUGACGAUUAUUCUCUCGGCCCUUUUAAUCGUUGGGGCUAUCAUUCGUAAUCAAUAUCUCUUCCUGCCAUGGAUCAUUUUGGGAAUUAUGCUUUGUAUCGGUCUAUUAGUUGACGUUAUUUACACUGCUGUCGUCUUCUUCAUCGACGAUCAUACAACUGCUGGUAUACUUUGGCUUGUCAUCGGACUAAUUUGUGUUGUCAUUUACUUCUAUUUGUGGUAUGUUGUUUUAUCACACUUCUUACAAUUAAAAGAGCAAAACGACCGCGGACGAUAUUCAAGAACACCGUACAGACGUUAAACUUAAAUCUUAAAUGCAUUAAUAAUACUUACAAAGAGAUUAAGCUUAGUUGGAUUAAUGUUCAAAAUGUAUGCUGAAGUAUCACAGCAAGUUUCAAGCUUAUGUACUUCUCGAACUUCCUAAUAUCUUUCAGUGUUUGUCAUUCAAUUGUUUAAGAUGAACCUGUUACCAACAUUUGGAGAUGCAAUUUGUGCAAAAUGUUCAUUAACUAUAAGAAGUCCCUUUUGAUGUUUUUCUCGGAAAUCUCGAUCUUAAUAAUUUUUCGUUUUUUUACAAAUAAUUUUACUAAACUGUCUAAAUAUUUAUUUUAAAGAAAUACCUAAAUGUAACAAAGUAUGGAAUAAAUUAAAAAUUCAGAUUUGUUUCAUUAAAAAGAAAGUUUUUUGAACACAAAAAUUUAUGUAAGUCAGAGAGAGAUACAUGCGAUUUUUCAACGG